CUCACAGCCAAACGACGCAUGCGUACAACCGGUGAACUAAUUACGCGUGUUUAUUAUCUAAACCAAAAUAAAAACAAAAUACUGAACUAAAAUAAAAUCAAGUGAAAUAAUUUUUAAUCUGUGAAUAUAAAAACUGUUUUUUAUAAAACUCUGUGGUGAAUUUGAUUCUGAAUUCGAAGUUUGAAUUGCAUUUGAAAGAUUAAAGGAUCUGUCCUUGGAAUGCCAGUGUGAUUAAAAAUGUCGAGCACGGUAGAGGUGAACUCGCGGGCUUUGGGUCGCGCGCACCUCUCUCAUCUACCCCAACGUCCUCCUGUGAACCUCAGCUUCCAAGACCUCACAUAUACUGUGCAGAAUGGAAAGAGUUCGAAGAUAAUCCUGCGCAGCAUCAACGGUGACUUUCGAUCAGGGCAACUAACCGCCAUCUUGGGUCCCUCUGGCGCUGGCAAAAGCACAUUGCUAAACAUACUAGCUGGAUAUAGGGUAGCUGGAGCCUCCGGUACAAUAUUCACCAAUGGCGAGCCUAGAGACUUGCACCAGUUCAGGAAAUUGUCCCGCUACAUCAUGCAGGAGGAUCUUUUGCAGCCAUACAUCACGGUACAGGAGGCCAUGAUGAUAGCUGCUGAUCUCAAGUUAGGCAACGGGAUUACUAAGGAGAAGAAGUUGGUUAUAGCCGAAGAAAUCAUUCAAUUAUUAAGGCUACAGAAAGCAAGAAACACAGCGACAGAGAGAUUAUCAGGAGGCGAAAGAAAACGGAUAUCAAUAGCCCUAGAGUUACUUAACAACCCACCGGUUAUAUUUUUGGAUGAACCUACCACGGGUCUAGAUGACGUGGCAUCUUCAACAUGCGUGUCGCUCCUCAAGCGAGUGGCUCGGGGAGGAAGGACGGUCGUCUGCUCACUCCACACCCCGUCAGCUCGACUGUUCGCCGAGUUUGACCAUGUGUACGUGGUGGCAGGGGGCCGCUGUGCCUACCAGGGCACCGCGCCAGGCGUCGUGCCCUUCCUUAAUGAACUGCAGCUCCCCUGCCCUAAGACUUACAACCCUGCUGAUUUUAUAAUUGAAGUAUCAAGUGGCGAAUACGGAUCUCACGUAGAUAAAAUGGUGUCAGCGGUAGAAAAUGGGAAGAACCAGCGAUGGAGGACGUAUGCUAUAGAGGAGAGCCCUCCAGGGGAACUAUUUGAAGAGAUGGAGAUAGAACAGCUUAACACCGGUGGUAUUGAGAAGCAUAACUACAAGCAUGGAUGUUCUGCUUGCCAGCAGUUCAUUGUUUUAUUGAAGAGAAUGCUGUUACAGACUGUUAGGAAUAAGAGUUACCUGUGGUUACGCGUCGGCUUACAUUUGUUCAUAGGAUUUAUUGUGGCCAGUCUCUUCAACAAGAUGGGUUAUGAUGCUUCAAAGACUAUCUUCAACUUCGGUUUCUGCUAUGCCUGUACCAUUGCCAUGCUUUACAUUCCUAUGAUGCCGGUUUUACUUGCCUUUCCAACAGAAGUGCAGCUGGUUAAAAGAGAGUAUUUCAAUCGAUGGUAUGGUUUGAAGCCCUACUAUGCUGCGUUGGUGGUGUCAAGGACGCCUGCAACUAUUUUCUUCAGCCUUCUUUACUUGGUCAUCGCUUAUCCCAUCACAUCCCAACCCAUGGAGCUGGAUAGGAUAUUCAUGUUCUGUUCCACGUGUAUUCUUAUAGCUCUAAUAUCAGAAUCUAUGGGAACUGUCAUUUCGUCAAUGUUGAAUGUUGUGAACUCAGUAUUUAUGGGUCCCGCUAUGAGCGUCCCAUUAAUGCUGCUAGCAGUAUACGGCAUAGGUAGCGGAGAUGAUCCUUUGCCAAUAGUAUGGAGGCUGGCAAGAGCCUGUUCCUUCCUUCGUUAUGGAAUUGAGGGUCUUGUUGCUGCAAUAUACGGUCCUCCUAGAGAUGAUCUCAUUUGCCCAGAACAUGUAGAUUACUGUGAAUAUAAAAAUGUCGCUUACUUCGUGAAACUGAUGGGCAUGUCUGGUGUAUCAUUUUGGGUGGAUUUUUCCGUGCUAGUCUGCAUGUUACUCGCCAUGAAUCUCACUGGAUACUACCUUCUUCGGCAGCGGUUGUCGCCUAACUACGCUUUCAGAGCCAUCAAGGUGAUUGGCAACUUCAUCAAGACCAAGAUGAGCUCGUACUCGUGAUUCAAUUGUUUUUAUAUUAUCAUCAUCUUUAAGUGUCAUUUGAAAAAUGAUUUUGUACAUACUAAGAGUAUAUAUAUAAGGAAUCCAUACUUAAAUAACUAUAUUUAUGUAAUGUUUUUACCCUUAGGUAGUUUGUUAAUAUAAGCUUAUCAUUUUCAAAAGUUGUACUUUUUGUAAGUUCUUUUCCAUUCACGGGACCAAGGGGUCCCGGAUAUUUGGAACGCGUACGUGGGGCCGAAGCCAACUUGCAGAGGCACUUUGAACAACUUUAAUAUAAUUGAAAUGAAACAUCAGCCGGCAAUUAUUCCUAUGUGCAUCUAAGGACAAUCACCGGUUGAUGCAAUACUAUUUUGUGAAAUGUGGUAAAAAUCUUAAAAUAGUACUUUUAUUAUCCAAAAAUGUUUAAUUUUUUACAUAACUUUAUUGGAAUAUGUUGGCUAAUAGAUUUUCAGUUAUAAACGUUAAGAAUAAUAAGACCAACCACUGUGAUAGCCUGUACAGUUUUGAAGUGGUUCCUAUUUACAAUAGGCAUAGUUGAAUGGACGGGACUAUUUCCUUUGCAUUUCUUUCUAUACAAUUGGUUAUGGGGCAAAAAUAAUUUUAAUCACAAAAUUCCUAUAAGUUAAAAAAUGAAUUUAUUUAUACAUAAACGGGCCAAAGGAAAUGGAAAAAUUCCCAGUGUGAUAGAUCUUUAUAAGUGUCGUCGUAAUUUAGUGAUAUAUGUACCUAGUUUAAAUAAGAAUUAAUUUUUUUUUAUAGUUCAUUUUCUACUUAAAUAUAAAAGAAAUAAUAGUAUAUUCAAGGAUGAGGAUAUUUUAAGACUGAUUGCACGCCUACAUUUUUAUAGUUUGCUAAAUAAACUUGAUCUUUU